UUACAGGACUUGACGUCUCAGAGGAGAAGAGAGAUUGCAAUCACGGCAGCUGCCCUGCAAGAUCACAUGGCACGGAGCCUGGACGCACUAUGCUAUGACCCUCGAAAGGCGAGGUGCAGUGGAAGAGCACCCACAAACAGCAGAAGUACCCGAGGAAGAAGGAGAGCGGGAGAUAAAGGUCUCCAUGAACGAGAUGGGCAAGAAGAGGAGGAAUAUGUGCUUGAUCCAGAUCCACCUCGACUGACACUGGCUCAGAGGAUGGGUUUGGUGACACCCCCGCCGAGGAGACUGACAGAGGACGAAUGGACUCGGGUCAAGGCUAGGUCUACUGAGCAGGGGGAAUCUGCUCAGCCCUGUGCAAUAUGCAGGGAGGAGUUUCACCUUCAGCCUCAGGUGCUGCUGUCUUGCUCUCAUGUUUUCCAUAGAGCAUGUCUGCGGGCCUUUGAGAAGUAUUCUGGGAGGAAGUGCUGCGCCAUGUGCAGGAAGGAGCAGUAUGAAACACGGGUGAUCUAUGACGGGGCUCGCCACUUCAGAAACCGCUGUGCCACCAGAAUUCAAGCAUUUUGGCGAGGAUACGUUGCUCGAAAGUGGUACAGAAAUGCAAGGAAGACCAUCUGCCCAAAAGACAAAGACCUUCGGCGCAAAUUCUUUGAAGCAAAGUUGCAGGAAUUGAAUGACAGCUUUGUCCGAUACUGUCACACCGAUGUGGAGGCUUUUCUGAGUGAUAUCGACCGCUCCUUGUCAUCAAGCAGACGAGUGUUCCACCAGCUGGAGAGAAAGCACGUCUCCGACUCUCAAGAGAGCGACUUGGACAGAAUACAGAGCCAGGUUUUGCUGAGAGACGUCCAGGACUGUCCCAUCUGCCUCACCGCACUCUGCCGCCCCAGCACUGGAACCAAGCAACAGGGAUCCAGACGAACCCUUCUGCUGUCUUGUUCCCACCUUUUCCACCAGCCCUGUCUAGAGACCUUCGAGGCCCUCCAUGUAGACAGCAGACCCACCUGUCCCAUGUGCAGAUCUGAAUACUCCAAAAGACUUUUGUGA